AUGAUGGCAUUCAAUUCUGCCUUUAAUCCGGCACAGCUUCUCACCCAAGCGGCAACACCGCUGAAACCGGAAGGUGGUGGUGUUGAGCUAAACGCGGACGCGUUACGAUUUCUCGCCGCCGGCAAUCCGUUGUUCGCUGGUCAAUUUCCCUUUCCCGGCAUGCCUGGCGCUGUGCCAGCGGAUGCGUUUCGUGCAAUGGCCGCUCAAGCUGGACUUCCGUUCCCGGUUAUGUAUCCUGGACUUCAACCGGACAUCAAACCCGAGAUGAUGCCGGUCGGCGGUGGACCAAUCCCGAGUUUUGUGUUCGAUGUGAUGAACCCCUACCAUCCGUACGCUGCCGGUUUAGACGGGGCUCGACGCAAAAAUGCAACCCGCGAAACCACGGCACCGUUGAAAGCGUGGUUGACCGAUCAUCGAAAGAAUCCCUAUCCGACCAAGGGCGAGAAGGUCAUGCUUGCUGUGAUGACAAAAAUGACACUUACACAGGUUUCGACAUGGUUCGCAAAUGCACGACGACGUCUGAAAAAAGAGAACAAGAUGACGUGGUCACCGCAGAAUCGACGUGGUGACGAUCCAGAUGACGACGAUCUAGCCGAUAUUGAUGCAAUCGACGGUCUUGAUGGUAUGGAUCGACCGUCCAGUUCGAUGUCCGAUAUGUCCGAAAAGAAAGAGGAAGUGCCUGUAACCCCAGUAACAAACAACAACGUGAAGGAUGGAUCGGAUGUGAGCACCCCGAAGAAGGCGCCGAGUAAAAUUUGGUCGAUUGCCGAUACUCUCGGUGAACGAUCCGAUUCGACAAAAGCUGAAAAUGAAGCGGGAAGUUCGAAAAAGGACUCACCAAGUACCGAAGAAGAUCCGACUGCUGUUGCUCAAUUGCAGCGGAUGAUCGCUUUGUCGAAUUUCCAAUUUCCACCGCAAAUGUUGGCGGCUAUGGCUCGACCUGGCGCCAUGCCACCGAUGCCUUUUCUCAAUCCGUUAGCGCUGAUGGGUUUUGCCGCUCAGCAACAACAACAGCAGCAACAACAACAACAGCACCAUCCGGCGAUGAAUGGUUCGUUCUCAUCCGAUACUCAAUCGGUGAGUCCAUCAUCAAGCCAUUCACCAACGGGUUCCACAAGUGCUGCUAGAAGUCCUGCCGCAGCAGCACCCAUUGCUGCUGCUGCUGCUGUUCCACCAUCCACUUCACCACCGACAACGGUUGGCACCAUUGCGUCCGCGCUUUCCACCACCACCGGUGCUACUGUAACCACCACGGCUACGCCAACCACAUCGUCCGCCGAGACAAAACGAAAGCAGUAUUUAUUCGACAUUUCGCGAUAUGUGAUCUUUUCGUUUCAUAUUGUCCGAUAA